CAAGAAAGAGCUUUGCGAGUUCCUUCCAGUCUUAUAGCUUACUGUUGGCUUCGCCAAUUGGUCAUACUUCGUCAACUUGGAAUCAUCUCUACGUGAGUUGCAUCCAGGUACAGCAAGAGGAAGCGCACUGAUCUGGCCAAUGAAACCAAGGAUACUGGUCACAUCCCGCCUAGGGCCAGCAUGAAUUGCGAAAGCGCAUAGUCAUGACACUCACGACAUUAUGACUGCUCUCGUGUCGUUCUCAACUAUGGACGUUCUAGAGUCGUGGGUGUCUGUCUUGAAUCAGGGUCUAAAUUUAGGAGGAGCUCACAGGAAGAACCUCGGCAGAAUUCGGGACAUUUUGGAGCGCGUCCGCAUCGAUUAUCUUGUGUUACCUCUCUUGCAUCUUGCAAUCUUCCACCUUCUUCACUACACGCUUUACACAAUGCUUUCCCUUCUUCGAAACGGCACGUUUGAUCCAAUCAGAUCACUGGUUCUCGAGAACCAUACUUCACGCCUGUUUUCUUGCGGCCGGAUUCAUUGCCAGACUAAAGACGCCUAUCGCCAAUGGUACAAACAAAAAGGACUAGAAGACCCCGAAUGGCGAAGACGUCGAUCGGAGUUCUCUAGUGAAUGGGUUAAGAAGAAGAGGGCCACAGACGAGGAAUAUCGUUUGAAGCACAUGCAAGGCCUACGAGACAUGCAACUGGACGAGCUAUAUGUUGAACGUAAUCGCCAGCGGUCAAAAUUCUAUGGUUGGGUUACAAAGUAUAGGUGGAUCCGCGAGCACCUCCCUUGGAAGUCUCAUAUACCUGUUAUCUACCCGCAGCGGGUUGAGCAUCAUUGCACCAGCUGUGAAUUCACAAGGGUCAGAGGUGCCCGACUAUGGUUUCGCUCUAAGCCUCCGAAAACUCACAACACGGAGGAGUACCUCUGUUACAAAUGCUACACGAGCAAUGGGUGGGCAGCGUCCAUGCCUCAGGGUUAUGAAGACGUUAGGACACUGAAGGAUCUAGUCGCACGAAAGAAGCAGCUCGAUGGCGUUGAUCCAUUGGAUCUGCCCAAAUGAAGGUAGCAAGUACUAUGGAGUGAGAGGCGUGCUGAAAAAUCAGACCUUCAGACCUCCCUUGUACCGUUCAGAGCAAGGUUGCAUUCUCACGACUUCCAGAAAGAUCGAGCUAACCUUCGACAACUAUUACGCCUGGAAGCGCAAUACUCGAGCCCGAAAUUGGGAGGACCACCCUCCCCAUGUGCUAAAUUUUGUCACUCUUAGCCAUCUCUAGUGACCGCAACCAAGACCAUCCGGGCUGUAACAAUGCACAAUGCUUUUCAGACCAGUGCAUCCCUUCGCUAGGAAGCGCUGACAAUCACACUCUUAGUUGAGUGUUACACUAAUCUUGGAAACAUGGUGCAUUUCUACAGCAUGCGCGUGACAAAGUUCUGCACACGGGGAGGACAGGUCUCUUGUCAU